GACGGAGCCAGUGGAGCCAGUGCUGCUGGAAGGAAAAGCACGCCGAGCAGGGAGCGCUUGAAGCGCAGCCAGAAGAGCAGCAAGGUGGAGGGCCCUGAGCCCGUGUCGGCUGAGACCUCAUUCAGUUCCGAGCAGGGAACGAUGACGGAAGUGAAGGUCAAGACAGAGCUGCCGGACGACUACAUCCAGGAGGUGAUCUGGCAGGGCGAGGCCAAGGAGGAGAAGGCAGCGGUCAGCAAGGACGGGACUGGCGACGUGCCUGCUGAGAUCUGCGUGGUCAUUGGUGGCGUCCGCAACCAGCAGACCUUGGAUGGAAAAGCACCUGAAGGCAGCCCCCACCGAGGAUCUGUGCGAAGCCGGUAUUCAGGGACCUGGAUUUUUGACCAAGCAUUGAGAUAUGCAUCGGGGUCCUACGAGUGUGGAAUCUGCGGCAAGAAGUAUAAGUACUACAACUGUUUCCAGACCCACGUCCGGGCACACCGAGAUACCGAAGCCACCUCAGGGGAGGGCGCCUCCCAAAGCAACAAUUUCAGGUACACAUGUGACAUCUGCGGCAAGAAAUACAAAUAUUACAGCUGUUUCCAAGAGCACCGAGACCUGCAUGCAGUAGACGUGUUUAGUGUGGAAGGAGCCCCCGAGAGUCGGGCAGACCCCUUCGACCAGGGUGUUGUGGCCACAGACGAGGUGAAAGAAGAGCCCCCGGAACCAUUCCAGAAAAUCGGGCCAAAAACUGGCAACUACACCUGUGAAUUCUGUGGGAAGCAGUACAAGUACUACACACCCUACCAGGAGCAUGUGGCCUUGCACGCCCCCAUCAGUACUGCUCCCGGGUGGGAGCCUCCCGAUGAUCCAGACACGGGCUCGGAGUGUUCACACCCAGAGGUGUCCCCAUCUCCUCGUUUUGUGGCCACCAAGACCCCGACGAGCCAGUCAGGAAAAAAGGCUCCAGCCUCCGUGGUGCGUUGUGCCUCCCUCCUACACCGCACCCCUCCAGCCACCCAGACCCAGACAUUCCGCACUCCAAACUCGGGAUCUCCAGCGAGCAAGGCGACUGCAGCAGAAAGCGCUUUCAGUCGGAGAGUAGAAAGCAAAGCACAAAACCACUUUGAAGAGACCAACAGCAGCUCACAGAACUCGAGCGAGCCCUACACAUGUGGCGCUUGUGGGAUCCAGUUCCAGUUCUACAACAACCUGUUGGAGCACAUGCAGUCCCACGCAGCUGACAACGAAAACAACAUUGCCUCCAACCAGUCUCGGUCGCCACCUGCUGUCGUGGAGGAGAAGUGGAAACCGCAGGCCCAGAGGAACAGCGCCAAUAACACCACAACUGGUGGCUUGACAACCAACAGUAUGAUGCCCGAGAAGGAGCGGCAGAACAUCGCCGAGCGGCUCCUACGGGUCAUGUGUGCUGACCUGGGGGCACUGAGCGUCGUCAGUGGGAAAGAAUUCCUGAAGUUGGCCCAGACCUUGGUGGACAGUGGUGCCCGCUACGGCGCCUUCUCAGUCACUGAGUUCCUGGGCAACUUCAACACACUGGCGUUGAAGCACCUGCCACGCAUGUACAACCAGGUGAAAGUAAAAGUGACGUGUGCCCUGGGCAGUAAUGCCUGCCUGGGCAUCGGCGUCACCUGCCACUCACAGAGCGUCGGCCCCGACUCCUGCUACAUCCUCACGGCCUACCAGGCUGAGGGCAACCACAUCAAGAGCUAUGUACUGGGUGUGAAGGGCGCGGACAUCCGUGAUAGCGGCGACCUGGUGCACCACUGGGUGCAGAAUGUGCUGUCAGAGUUUGUGAUGUCGGAGAUCAGGACAGUGUAUGUGACAGACUGCCGGGUAAGCGCGUCGGCCUUCUCCAAGGCCGGCAUGUGCCUGCGCUGCUCCGCCUGCGCCUUGAACUCAGUGGUGCAGAGCGUGCUGAGCAAACGGACACUGCAGGCCCGCAGCAUGCACGAAGUCAUAGAGCUGCUCAACGUGUGUGAGGACCUGGCUGGCUCCACGGGCCUGGCCAAGGAGACCUUUGGGUCACUGGAAGAGACCCCGCCCCCACCCUGCUGGAACUCGGUGACGGACUCGCUGCUGCUGGUGCACGAACGCUACGAGCAGAUCUGCGAAUUCUACAGCCGGGCCAAGAAGAUGAACCUCAUCCAGAGCCUCAACAAGCACCUGCUGAGCAACCUGGCGGCCAUCCUGACGCCCGUGAAGCAGGCCGUCAUCGAGCUGAGCAACGAGAGCCAGCCCACCCUGCAGCUGGUGCUGCCCACCUACGUCCGGCUGGAGAAGCUGUUCACGGCCAAGGCCAAUGACGCGGGCACUGUCAGCAAACUGUGCCACCUCUUCCUGGAGGCACUCAAGGAGAACUUCAAGGUACAUCCUGCCCACAAGGUGGCCAUGAUCCUGGACCCCCAGCAGAAGCUGCGGCCCGUGCCGCCUUACCAGCACGAGGAGAUCAUCGGCAAGGUGUGUGAGCUCAUCAACGAGGUGAAGGAGUCGCGGACGGAGGAGGCUGACUUCGAACCCGCUGCCAAGAAGGCCCGCGUGACCUCAGGCGAGAACCCCGCAGCUCAGGACGACGAUCGGCUGGGGAAGAACGAGGUGUAUGACUACCUGCAGGAGCCCCUCUUCCAGGCCACCCCAGAUCUCUUCCAGUACUGGUCGUGCGUGACCCAAAAGCACACAAAACUCGCCAAGCUCGCCUUCUGGCUCCUAGCAGUCCCAGCUGUGGGGGCACGGAGCGGGUGUGUAAAUAUGUGUGAGCAAGCACUCCUAAUCAAAAGGAGACGACUGCUCAGUCCGGAAGAUAUGAACAAACUCAUGUUUCUAAAAUCCAACAUGCUUUAAGAUGUUAACUUCUGGGAAACAAACAAACAAA